AUGUUGAACUGCACAAACACAGAGCACGGCGGCACGUAUACGCGCACACGGUUUCCCGACGACGACACCCCUCAAGCACCUAUCCACUUUCGGAAGCUAGGCAAAGCUACAAUGCUUACCCACCGACAGCAGCUCCUGGCGGAGUCUCUAUAUACAAUCAGGUCACAAAGCUGCAUGCCAAGCAUAAGGCCGCGGAGAAUUCUCGACAGACCAGGGACAAAGAUGACUGUGUGCGAUGCGAGCAAGAAGCACCUUGCGCGAAGAGAGGGGGCCAGCUACAGCAGCCUCAUCGGCGGUGGCAGCGUCAGCGUGCAGCAAAUGGACGUCGACAUCAAGGCCAUUGUCGACCCUCUCAUGUCCCGGCUCAUCUUGCCCUACCCUCACUUGGGCCGGUUGGCCAACCCUCCUUGA